GACAUGGAAAACAAUUUAGCACCGAUAAAUGAAGAUCCUUUCCCAAUUAAAAUUGGAAUAAUUGGAGACGCUGAUCUGGAUACAACAAUCUCACUACAAGAUCGAAUGGAAUAUGCUGUAUGUACGCCUUUUGGAAAACCUUCUGACAUUAUAAUUGAAGGCUUAAUCGAUGGCGUAAAAUGUGCCCUUCUCUGUAGAAAUGGCCGUUUGCAUGAUAUCAUGCCGACAAAUAUUAACUAUAGAGCUAACAUUUGGGCCAUGCGUAAAUUAGGAUGCACUCACAUCUUGGUAACCCACAGCCUUAGUUCUUUGCGGGAGGAUAUUAUGCCAGGAGACUUUGUCGUGCCACACGAUUUAAUAGAUCACACAACAAGGCGUGCUCAGACUUUCUAUGAUGGUACACUGGGCAGUCCCUUUGGUGUCUGUCAUCUACCAAUGUAUCCUGCAUUUUGCGAGCGUACAAGGCAGCAUCUUCUAAAUGCUGCACAAGAACUUGACCUCGCCACGCACUCCAAGGCAACAGUUCUUACACUCGAAGGACCUCGCUAUUCGACACUUGCUGAAAACAAUAUAUAUCGCAAAUGGGGAGCAGAUCUGCUCAGUAUGACUCUGUCUCCUGAAGCCACCUUGGCCAAGGAAGCGGGCAUAUUAUAUGCCUCGAUAGGGCUGGUUACUAACAUUGAGUGCUGGUGCGCAAACCAACCAAUUGCAACUACCCAUGAAAUAAUAUAUGUUUUUAAAAACAAAGUGGAAAAACUCCAACAGGUACUGAGCAAAGCAAUAACAAAUAUUUCAAAAGAGGACUGGUCUGAAGAUAUUUUGAAAGCUAAGAUAUUGGUGUGCAGUAAUUUUGCAAAUCGAAAUAAAUAAAAUUAUCGUGAAAA